AUGUCUACUACUGCUACUACUAUUACCACUACUACUAAUAACACUAAUACCGAUACCAAUACCAAUACCAAUACCAAUAUCAGUACAACUACUAAUACCAGUACCAAUACCAAUACCAAUACCAGUACUACUACUACUACUACUACUAAUACUGAUACUACUAAUAUUGAUAAUAAUAAUAAUAAUUAUAGUAACAAUAAUAAACGAAAUAGUACAUCUUCAACAAACACAAGUGCAUCAACAAAAUUAACGACCAAUUCAAAAAGAAAGGGUAAUUAUGGAAAUACACCAGAAGCAGUCUAUAGUAGUGUAAAAAAGCCAUUUAAUUAUGCAGAAGGUUUCCAUUACCUUAUUCAAUAUGUAACUGAAAAAAUGAAUAGAGAAGAUUUAAUGCGAAUCAGUCGUGCCUUAUCUAUGUUUCGUCCUUCGUUUUUAUCACUUAUCAUGAAUUUAACAGAAGAGGAUUUAGUGUUUAUGGAAAGAUGCUUUCAACGUACUUUAUUAGAAUAUGAAAAAUUAAUUAGCUUUUCUGGUACACCUACUGUUAUCUGGAGAAGAACAGGAGAAAUUUGCUUAGUUGGUAAAGAGUUUUCUCUUUUGACUCAAUGGACACGAGAUAUGCUAUUAAAUAAAAAGACAUAUAUUUAUGAGUUAAUGGAAAAUGAAUCCGCAGUAGAAUAUUGGGAAAAUUUUUCUAUCCAUGCAUUUAAUAACAAUACUGAUAAAGCUUGUAGUUAUUCUUGUAUCUUACUUACGCCGCAACAAAAACCAGUACCUUGCACAUUUUGUUUUACAAUUAAACGUGACAUAUUUGAUUUACCAAGUGUUAUCAUUGGCAAUGUAAGUAAAAUCUCUUGA